AGGGGGCAGCAGCAGUCUGCAAGCAAAGAUGUCCACUGUGUACCGUGCAUGGCUCGAGUUUUGUAGCUUCGUGGUGUUCCGUUGACCUGCCGGUGUAGUACUUCUAAUAUGUUUCUGUGGAUUUGUGAACGUUCGCUACUCUUUUAGAAAUUUAGUGUUUUAAGUAAACGUGCCCAAUGGCGCAUUAAACAAUUGCCUGCAAGUUUUCAUCGCCCGGAAAGGCACGAGAGUGGCCACAGCAGUGAAGUGCUGAAAUGGCAGCACAUUUGUGCCUGGAGGAAGCAGAGGUCGUGCGGUUGGUGCUGGAGUUUCUGGCCAAUCGGGAGCUGAGCAUCAGCCAGUUAGCAUUAGAGCGCGAGUCUGGUGUCAUUAAUGAUGCCCUGUCAGAUGACCUUCUUUUUCUGCGCCAGCUUAUUCUGGAUGGCCAGUGGGACGAUGUCCUAGACUUUGUCCAGCCCCUCGAGGACAUGGAAGCCUUUGACAGCAAACGUUUCAAAUUCUCAGUGCUGAAGCACAAAUUCUUGGAGCUCCUGUGCAUCCGGUCUGAGGCCGGGCUGGUGCAGAGUGCCGAGCUGGGUGUGGACGAGAUGGUGGCUUGCCUUGGGGCUCUCGAGCAGUGCAGCCCCUCGCGCGAGCACUACAACCAACUCUGCCUGCUCCUCACCUUUCCCCGGCUCUGCGAUCAUCUCGACUACAAGCAUUGGAAUCCUAGCAAUGCCCGCAUCAAUUGCUUCAGAGAGGUGUUGCCCCUUGUAGAGAAGCUACUACCAUCUCCAGUAAAGUCUCCUGUGUCAGUUCAGCGUACAUCGUCUGGUGACCGGCUGGUCCAGUUACUCAUCAAGGGCAUUUUGUAUGAAUCCUGUGUUAACCUGUGCCAGAAGAAGGCAACCCUCCCACCGAGCAGCACUCAGGAUGACGAGUUUCACUUUGCUGAACUCCUAGGAAGUGCCGAUGCCGAUCUCAGCCUACUUUCAUGGCUUCAGUGCCUCCCGCCAGAAGUGUUUUCUUACCCAUUUGAACAGAAAGUGCUCAAUGUUGACAUUCGGCAGUUAGUGAAGCCGUUCCUUGAAGCGUCUUGGACGGAGCAGAUUCUGGCAACGCCAAUCAAGCCACGUGUCUUUCCACACUCAGCCGUUCCACGCACGCCAAUGAGCCGUUCACUCAUAAUGGCCAGCAUGGAAGGUGGCCUCUUUUCUGCAGGCAGCCAUCCAGCGCUCAGUGGUUGUGCCAAGAUGGCCCUUUCAAUGGCUGACCUGUCCUCAUCCAUGUCACGGUCAUUUGGGGCCUUCCAUCUUACGGGGAAAAAGCUUAUGAAUACAUCCGUUGACCGGCUCUUUGAAGUGGGUGAUGUAUUCAGCACGAGCUGCACAGACAUUCGGCCAGGCACGUUGCCUGAUUUACUCAAGGAAGAAGAGGAAGAGAACAAGGAUAAAAAUGAGAGUCAAGGCAGUGAUGAGUUUUGGAAAGAGUUUCAACGUCUCAAAAGGAACCUUCUUCAAAGAAUGGAUGCUGCUGUCACAGCCCCGGCCGUGCCGCCAACUGUGGUUGAAAGUGAAAAAAGGACGUCAAACUCGGCAGACUCGGUGGUGGCACUUCUCUCUUCCCCAGUGCGGACACCUCCCCCUACAUCUGCCCCAACAAGUGCCACUAGCCCUGCACCUUCACGUGUGAAACCUUCUUCUGUGACAGCACUUAUGACCACAGCAUUGAUGCCAAUUGGCCAGACGGCACAGAAAGGGAGUGUGAAAUUUACAACAAGCACACCACGAAAUCCAAGGACAGCACCUGCUCAUGUAACAACAGUUACGAUAGAUGGAGUGGCGAAAAACCUCUCUGAAGAUCUCCGGUCCACUGACAGCUUUCCAGAGCACAGUGACUCAAGCGUUCAUUCAGACACACGGUCAGCAGGUGCCCAGUCUCGGUCAUCUGUGCAGCCUUCCAACGCUGGAUCAGCGAGAGUUCUCAUCAACACAUACUCUGCAAAUCAUGGAACCCAAAACCAGCAACAGCAGCCACAGGCGGCCCACUCGGCUGAUGAGUCACGGAAGCCAAAGUUCGUGCAGGUCACCAACUUGGAGGAUGCCCAGGUGGUGCGUGCCUGUGACUUCCACCCUAGCGGCCAGUUCUACGCUGUUGGCUCCAACUCCAAAACACUUCGCAUCUGUGGCUACCCAACCAUCACUGACCUCAGGCAUGGAGACGUAGCCCACCAGCCCACUGUGCUGUUCAAGCGGCUGAAACACCACAAGGGCUCCAUCUAUUGCCUGGCAUGGAACCAAACUGGGGACCUCUUGGCAACUGGAUCCAAUGACAAGACAAUCAAGCUGAUGCGAUUCAAGUCGGAGACAUGUGCCCUUGACACUGGUGGAGAAGCAGAGCUGACAAUGCAUGACGGCACUGUUCGUGAUGUCUGCUUUGUGGAGGAUCUAAGCAACCGGUCAAGUCUGCUUAUCAGUGGAGGAGCAGGAGACUGCAAGAUCUAUGUUACUGACUGUGAGACUGCCACACCUUUCCAGGCACUCUCUGGGCACUCAGGUCAUAUUCUGUCCUUGUACACGUGGGGAGGAGCCAUGUUUGUGAGUGGCUCUCAAGACAGAACCAUCCGCUUCUGGGAUCUGCGCACUAGAGGCUGCGUCAACCUAGUGACUGCGCCGCCAGCAAGUGGCAGUGGGCCUGGGAGCCCUGUGGCUGCCGUGUCUGUGGAUCCCUCUGGACGCAUGCUGGUCUCUGGGCAUGAGGAUGCCACUUGCAUGUUGUACGAUAUACGAGGUGGCCGGACCAUUCAGACGUUCCGGCCCCAUUCAUCAGACCUGCGAUCCGUGCGCUUCUCACCACGAGCUUACUACUUGCUGACAGCAUCGUACGACCGUAAAUGCGUCCUCACAGAUCUGCAGGGUGACCUGACGCAGCCCCUGCCCAGCGUCGUAGUUGCAGAGCACGCAGACAAGGUCAUCCAGGCCCGCUGGCACCCCAGUGACUUCUCCUUUGUCAGCACCAGCGCUGACAAGACAGCCGUCCUCUGGGCCCUGCCAGUCAACUGAAGUGCUCCCUCACCCUACAAUUGAAACACCCUCCAUGGGGUGUGGGUGCUCAGACUCUAGGCUCUGUGAUAAACCUCCUUAACCCUGUCUCUGCCUACCUCCCUCCCUCUCUCUUUUUAGUUUUUGUUUUCACCAACUUUAGAUUGAUGCCCAUCCUGCCAUAACUUUAGCUUUCUGGCCCAUACAUGUGUUAAUUUGGCAGCCCAGUUGGCCAUCGAAUUUUUGUUACCUUGUCUUGCAGGUUGCGCACUGCUAGUGUUAUUAUCAAACCAAAAGAUGUGUUUUUUGCAAUUGUUGUGACAUGCAAAUAUCAUCUUUGCUGUAUCUCUGACAUCCACACUUCUCUGUGUAGGCAUGUUGUUGAUUAUAUGUUCAUUCACGUUGUAGCUCUUUCCUUGAGCAUGUCCUCCUGUACGUAAGAGCAGUUGUUUGUUCUGCUUUUUAAUGUGCAGUGAAAUUUUUUUACGAACUUUAACAGAUGUGUUUUAUAGUUGCUUAAUGAAUUUUACUGAAAUUUACAAAGAGAUGCUUCAAUUAUGCUGGGUAAUUGUAUAAUUUAUUUUUAUGUUUACUGCGAAUGGUAACUAUGAGCUAGAGAAUGGGCUGGAAGUAUCGACCUGUCUACAAUAAUCUCAAAUGAUUUCUUGUAUAACAAAAGAAAAAUCGUGUGGUGGAAUGUGGGAUUUAAAUUGCGUUGUGUUAUGGUGCAAAAGACUAAAUGAUAUUCGCCAGAGACAAAACAUCAUGCUUUUGUGUAAGCACUUAAGCCUUCUGCAUUUUCUUAAAUGGGUCCUGAACCACCCUUCGUACUUGGUGAAAAAACACAUUCUGCAGAAGGCAGACGCUCCUGUGAACAGCUCAGCCAAAUCUUGCAGUCAUGCGCGCCAAGGAGAGUCUACAAGCGGAGAUCAAAGUUGCCACUUUCCCAAUCGCCCUCUCUUCAUGCAGAGGCCUGUGCUCACUGUCUUUGGAGCUGCCAGCAGCUGCUGUAUGGCGUCACACAGCAGGUUGCUGCCAUGUAUUGGCCAAUAGCCAAGAUAAAUCAAGAGUAGCGUUUGGAUCAGAUUCACUUCUUGCUUCUGGGUGGCGCCACGUGCUGGUGGCCGCGCUUUAUAGUCUGCUAAAAGUACACGGUAGCAGCACUAGCACGCACCGGAAUCGCACCGAGAGUGAUCACGUUUCAUGACACGCUCUGAAGAUCAUGACGCGGGCUAAUGUAGAUUCUUGUCCAUUUGUCAUCGCCCCUUGUGUAUCUUCCAGCGUGCUUGUAGGAAUGAAAGAAGAGAAAGCACUUAAAGUAUGCGACAAACCCCUGCAACUCCGCUCGUUCCCGACAGAUUCAAAAAUUUUUGCAGCAGUCAAUUCGCGAAACAGUAAACUCCUAUACUGAGGCCAUUCAAUGAUUACUUGGAAAAGUGGUUCAGUACCUCUUUGUGCACUACUUCUUUUGGAAAUAAUAUGUAAGUUUGAGCAAGCGUAAUGAAGUAGCAAGGUAGAGAAUGUGGAGCAAAGGAUAUGAUGGUGUGGCAGCUUGAAAAGAAGCAGACUGCAAAAAGAAAAUAACUACAAGUGAAUGCCAGGUGAAAGAUAGCACAGAAGCCUGAGAUGAGCCUCCUUCCAUGUGCUCUUAAGAUCAUGUGGGAGUCUCUGAGCAAAGUGAACAACCAGGAGCUCAUACCUGCUGUUUACAGUAAUUGCGAUCAAGGACACUAAAGAGAAGUGUUCAUACAUUUAAAGGGAGACCUGAGUUUUAAAACAUUUAAGGCCAUAUUCGGAAACGCUCUUCACCUCAGGUCAUUUCCUUACCUUACGUGAGGAACCCUUUGUGCCUUCUUACCUUAAGGAGCUCCUUGAGAGAGCCAACAUAUUCUGAAAGCUUCCUUCAACCUUCCUUUCCAAAGGAAGGUUGAAGGAAGCGUUUAAGGAAGCGCCAGUCCUUCCUUCAGCCUUUUAAGCUGAAGGAAGCGCCUCAGUAAUGUAAGGUGCAUGUUUCACAAGUCUGGGUAUGAGUCCCUCAUAACCAUAUCAUGGUUUUGGGACCUUAUUCCCCAACAAUCGUUGUUGUUAUUAUUGUUGCCUUUUCUGUUUAUUUAACUUUAGCCUGUUGCAUCAGGCAAAAAGAAGAUGGACAGAGGUUUUGCAGAACACGCCUUUUCUGUUUCUGUGCACUUCUGCGUUCUGUCCUCUGGGAAUGACGAUUUGUACGUGCGUGUAAUCGAUGCAGUGAGUGACGCCAGGAAAGUCAGCAACAUUAGAAACUGAAUACAGUGCAAGGGCCCGUCACUUCGACAGCUGCACUUUAGUGAUGGCGGAGCAGUGAUUGUAUAUGUGGGGUGGUUCAGUGCUCCUAUAAUUCAGCUUUGGUGAUGCAGUGGGCUAACACACAGUGUGUAAGUUCGUGAUGCUAUACGACCUAGUUUUGAAUCCCGCGUUUGUUAACUUUUUUUAUGUAAGUGUUAUUUAAAGAUUGGUUAAAAAUAUUUUUUUUAGGUGAAUUACAUUGGUGUCAACGGCUUGCACCCAAAGCCGUCGCUGACGCACCUCACUCUGGCACAAGUGACGUGCAAAAAAGUGAAAGUACUGAAGGAAUAUUACCAUGAAGCGGCAACCUACGUUCCUAGCCCCCAAUGACACGAGCCAAUUGGUGACACUGGCAAAAUUGUGAGAAUUGAAUGGGCAUCGUGAACGACACGCUGGAUGUGCGUACAUAUUAGGGGAACAGCCUCACACAGAUGCUCCUGCUCAUGGACAGCUGCAACAUGUUCAUGAGGUCACCAACAGCGCACUGCAUCAUGCCUGUUCCAAACAGUAUAAGAGUGAUGAGAAGUGUCAAAGGCGCCGUGCAACACUUUUUGAACGUGGUCAGAAAAUGCUGCUGAUCGGUAGUCGAGGCUUCUGCAAACAUGUAAGCCAAAAAUGUUUCCCUGCCCCUUGCGGCGCAAGCGGCAGGGAAUUUCGAAUUAAAUUUCAAACUCAGAUAGAAAUCACUUGCUCUUCUCUCGACAAAUGAUGCCAUGUACCCAAAUCAAGUGCGUCUCAUACCCAAAAUACGUCCUGCCGCAACAUUCCCACGCCACGGCAUGGCACAUUGCGGUGCGGACAAGUAAGCUGCGUGCAAUGUUUAUACGUUGGCCACGCGCGCAUUCAAAGAAAACAAGCAAAGAAAGUGCUCUUGGUCUUGACGGGCGCUGACUUAUGAAUGUAUCUUUUGCCCCCCCUUGUACCCUCCCCCCUGUGUAGCUUUUAGCAUGUUUGCUGGGUCGAAAGAAGAGAAAAAGCGCUUAAGUGUACAACAAAACCCUUAACUCCGCUUGUACUUGACGGAUUCUAAAAAUCUUUGCUGCAGUCGAUUUGUGAGGCAAUAAACUCAGAUAGUGAGUUCAUUUUACGAUUACUUUGAAAAGUGUUUCAGGGCCUCUUUAACACAGAUGGGAGAGGCUCUCCUCUUUUAUCAUUAAUUUUGUUGAGACACAGCUCUUUCAGUGUGUGCAUAGUAGACUGCUGCAAGAAGCUACAUCUCGUCCGAAAUUCUGCCUCGCUAUACAGUUCCAGAGGGUUCAACCAAUCCCUCCGAUUUCUUGCUGAAAGUGUUGGAUAGUGGUACAUGUCACUGUAUACAUCACUUGCUCGUAAUGUGAAUGCAAUGGAACCUUCGACAUUUUUGUCAGCCAAAAAAGCACAGUAGCCCUUUUUCUUCAUCUAGCAGCAGUGACACACUGCGGUGCCCUCCAUUCUGUUCGCAGACAAAAGAGCUUACAAAAUACUGCAGAGAAGCACCUUUUAAUUGCAAGAAGCGAGGUAAGGAGACACGGAAGUUGCUCUAGCGCUACCUUAACUUAAAGGGAGCACCAAGGAAGGCCUCAGUGAGGGAACAUCUGUGAGGAGCGUUCUGGAACUUAUGGGCCAAAUAUUAUUAACAUGAUAGUGUUAAAGAGCUCAUUUCGCAGAAAUUCUGGUGUCAGCGGUGUUGGCAUCUUUGGCUGUGAGCGAAAAAUCAGCAUUGUCCAUGAGCAAGAAUUCAAGGUAGAUGCAAAUAAAGAAAUAAUAAAAGAUCUUCAGUUCGAGUGAGAUCGGGGAUUCGAACCUGCGACCCCUUGCUCUGUGGCGCAAUGCAUUUAGCCGCUCAGUCACCACGCAUACAUCUUCUAGCAUACUAACGGCGAGCUAUUUAUGUACACCAUUUAGUGUUGGUGGUAUGCACAUCUUGGAAGUUCUUCAGCGGCUUGACAGAAAACCGGGGAGAUAGCGCAAAGGGUCCACGGGUGCGCUUUCCAUGUUCUUUCGCGCCGCAUGCAUGGAUAUAGGAGCCAGCACGCGUCUGCACUUCGGCUUUCCUUGCUGCACGGUUUAGGUGUCAACCGAAAAACGAAGGCAGGCUAGCGAUUGGGAUGGCGAUACAAACACGGUUUGAUUAAGCUAUCUCAUUCUACUCUUGAAAGCAAAGCUCGAGCGUCCUCCAAGUUUUUGCACUGCACACAUCAGGCAAUUUACAGUUUCACGUCGAAGAUGGCUAAAAAUGGCUUCUUUUGGCAGAUCUGUAAAGUCAUUUUCUCUGAUGACUGAGAAAGGUGUUGCAGGUCUUCAUCAAAGUAGCUUUUCUCUACAUAAUAGAGGAACUAUUUUGUGCAAUUUUUGGGAUGACUGGCAGAAAAUAUUUUACAUCAAGCAAGCUAAAAGUUAUGUGAAUAUAUGAUACUAUAUUCCUGAAUGCUAAUUUCAUGUACUUCAUUAUAUCGAGGUUUAAUUGCAUCAGUAAACUGACUUUAUACAUUAAAAAAAAAUCACAGUUUCGCCGCAUGGGCGAAGCAAUGAAUGCGAUAGCAAGAAACUAAUGCUAUACGAAGUGAGGCUCGCCAAUGGAUACUCUCAGUUUGAACAGCGCUCCUGUUACAAAGGCGGCCGAAGCAGCGAAGGAAACUAGCGUGCUUCAAGUGUCGAGCUGUGACACUUGAUAGUUCGCGCUCAUCUUCUGUUUGUUCGUUUAGCGGCGUCGUUUAGCGGCGCUCCGUAACAUGAGCGCGGACAUCACGGUUAAAGCUUGAAACAUCCCUCUUGCCCUCACCACAAGAAAACUGCGCGAGCAGACAGAGGAAGGCCAAGGUUCUCCUUGCGCAAAUAUAAGAAGAAGCAAGCGAGCUCGCCGACGACUUUUAAAUGCGCUCGUCGCGCUCCUAGCGCCAUCUCGCUGGUAAUGAAGAAACGCUUAUGAGCAUCGGCCAUCUCUGAGUCCGCCCAGCGGCAAAGGGUGUGUAUGUAACGCUCGCCGUUAGCGAUGCGGAGGACCUGCGUUCCGUGGCGUAGUGGCUAGCGCCACUCACUGCGGAGCAAGAGGUCCCUGGUUCGAUUCCGCGCUUCGGAAGCAUUUUUCUGAAUUAUUUUUCUUUGGGGCUUUUAUAUAUAUAUACAUACUUAUACAUAUACGGUGCAUGACGGCGACGGGGGCGGACAUUUUCCAGCCGAGACUGUCCAUAUAAUUGCUAUCGCAAUAAAAGAACUCCAGUGCUGUGAAGUCGGCUUACAUGUUUAACACUCCAAUCUUUCAUUGCUUAACGGGAACUGUGCCGAUGGUAUAUACAGUGUUCACUUUUUCAAACUUUCUUUUUGUUUAAUGCGGCCUAGGCUGCUCUUGCAAAACUUAGCAUGUCGGUUAUUUAAGAGUUCAAUGCUUACAAUGAUAGCUAUGACAAAAAAAAAACAAAUGAUUACAGAUUUAAAAGUUUUGUUCAGCGAGAAAAAAUGUGUUGGAGCAUUCGCUUAAAUGGCCCUUCAGUGAGCCUCGUCACACAGGCAACCCAGACACCAUUGUUUGUAGGUCUUACUUUUCUGAAGCUACCUGAUAUAAAUUUUUCUGGUGAGCUAGUUUUUUUCUGGUGAGCCGUGUCCGUAGCCUUUGGCCAGAAAGCACAACUGUCAUCAUGCACAACAGCAUCUUUGAAUUUCGUGAUCUUCCAGCACUGUUGUAUCUUACCUGGUGGUGUCGCCGCUCUGCAUGUUGCUGCCUGAGUGAACCUGCGUGUUCACAAACUGUUGACCUUUUUUUUUGCACAUACACCUCCCCCUUCUAACCACGCACAAUUAAUUAAGGGACUAUAAACUGUAAUGCUCAAAAACACAAAAAUUACUUAGUGCAAGAAAAAUUGCGGCACACAAGGUAGAUACCCUUGUGCAUCUUCCUUGUGUGCCGUGUUUUUUUUUUUCUUGCGCUAAGUAAUUUCUGUCAGUAUGCACCAGCUAGGCCCUCAAAAAGUCCUAUUAUGUAAAGCUCAGCCUAAACCUGUUUGUGACAGGUUGAAAAGCUUUCACUGUGCACAUUUACUCAGCUAUGUAUGUUCUUUUUCAGUUUUUUUUCUCUCUCUCUCUCUUUUUUACCAUGCCCGCUACUGCAUGAAGUCAUGAUGGCAAUGCUUGCAGUUUUUGUAGCUGCUACAAAUCUCAUUUAGAGCACAGCCACUAGCAUAAGUUUGGACAGCACUAAUGUAUGCUAUAAGGGAGACCUUUAUUAGUGCAUACAGGCAACAGAAAAAUGAAAGAGUUACGUUCACCUGCAAGGAAAAGAAGCAUAACCCACUGCUAACCAUACUACGGUUGUGAUGUUGCAUGCUCUUGCCUCGCAGUCUGUCUUUUUGUUGUUUAUCGAAGAAGUGACAUGUAUAGGAUGUACCUAGAUCUAUCCCGCCACAGGGUAAAAUUGAAGGUUUUCUACGUAACUGAAGUUUCCAUUUAUGCCAUCUUACAAGGAUAGAAAUAGGGUUGGGACAUUCACAUUUCUGUCUUGUCUGUAGCUGAGUCCAAAAUCUUUUCUAUUUCUGGUCAUUUGCUGAAUGAAGCACUGUUUCAAAAGUGCCUUGUAACGCAGGCAUGUGGCUGCCACUUUGACGCAUUUUGUAAUAGCUGUUACUGUGGAAGGAAGCCUGUAUGUCUAGCUUUAGUAGCGUUGGCAGGCAAUAUUUGAUGUUAUCAGCUGGCGGCUUCACUUCAGCAUUUUGCACAAUGAUAGUCAUGCUAAUUUGAGAAUAAUCACUGUGUGCGCAACCUUGCAAGUGUAUGCAAUUUGAAAUUUUAAAAGGGGUCAGUGCUGCUCAGGAGUAAUACCUUGGGCAACUUGCUUAAGACCAUCCGUACUUUGUUUUUAUACUGUGGUACACCACAGAUUUAUUACUUUCCCAUUUAGGUAAAGAACAAACUUUUGUGCAAUAAUGUGUGUCAGUUUUGUAUGAUCUUGUUGUCUGCUCUGAGUUUCUAGCCAUGUUAAAGUAGAUGCAGCAUGUAAGGAUUACUUAGCUUGUGUGCGGGUUCCUUUUGCCUGUGUUACAUAAGUGGCAGAAGUAUAAUAUAUGCUUAUAAGCCAAAAUGAACGCGCAUUUAUAAUUUUUGAUGUUGCCUGAUUAUCGCACAGAUUCAUUAUAGCCUCAUUCCCCAACCCCCUUUUAUUUUAAUUUUUCUACUUACCUCGGUGUCAGAGAUUAGGGCUCUGUGAGUGAGUACUGUGCAUUUACCCAACAUGGAAGGGUCACAAUAUCUAUAAACACUCGAGUUUAUGUAAAACGGAGGUACUCCUGUGGGAGGCAUGCUGCCCAAUAAUAAUCGGACAGGCUUCAGUGUGCUUAUUGGCUUGAGUGCCACAAAAGCUACAGCAACCUAUCAACCACGGCUUGAGAGAGUGCUUUUUGCAUGAAGGUGCCAUGAGUUAUCAUUCUAGAGCUGGUAAUAGAACUUUAUUUGUUGUUGCUUGCCACCAUGUGUGUCAUGCAUCCAUAGUGCAGUGAAAUUUUCACACAUUUCAGUGUUUCCAAAAAGAUUAUUUGUUGUCAUAGUAGUAAAGCGGAGUAUGUAUAAUAGCCAGGAAUCUCUCCUGUAGCGUUUUUAGCAUAUUACUAUAAGGCAGUGAAGUUUUUACUUUUUAUCUGUUAAUUCUUUCUUUUACUUUAGAUCUUAGAUGGUGUCUUUAUUUAAUGCUUGUUGUGCGGUAUCUACUCAAAUAUGCGGAAAUACUUCUACUUUUGCCAUCAAGCUUGAAAAUUUUGGCAUAUUGCUUAAAACUACCACUGAAAAUAACACGCAAAUAUGAAAGUGCGUCAUUUGGAUCAGAGUUGUUUCUUUUUGUAUGUGAGCUUGUUGUGCAGGGAGGAAGGGUUUGUGCAUAUUUUAUUUAAGCUUAUUUAAAAAGACGUAAUGUACACACCUUUGAAGCCACUAGAGCUCUGCAUGGAUUCCCUCCUUGUCUAUUAUGAAGGAAUAAGUUUUUGCAAAGAGCAUGGCGACUUACUUAUGUUAAAGUGUUGGAGUAAAAUCGCUUACCUAUAUACGGAGACACAGUGUUUCGCACAUUCAGGCCAGUUGCAACAGAUCUGCUGCACAUAGCACAGCAAUUUGUCUUUUAUUGUACAUAUCCUUUUUUGUGCUUUUCGCAUGUCAACAUAAUUUAGUUGUACAAAUAUUUUGCCUACCACCUGUGGAGUUUCCAUGAGAUACAUUGGCGGCGUGUAUAGCUUGUAAUAAAUACCGGCAUAAUAAACAUUGCUUCUUUGAGCUGCCUCGGAACCU